AUGUUUUUCACUAUCAGGGUCAUAGCACUCCUUUCCUUACUUGCGACCCGAGUUAGCACAUCAGUUGUAGAGCCUUUUGGUGUUGAACACCUCGAGAACCGCGCAGAUGUGCCUGACAACUUCCGCUCCCCUCCCUACUAUCCCACUCCCAAGGGCGGUUGGGUGCCGGCAUGGGAAGAAGCCUAUGCGAAAGCCCAUGCCGUCGUUUCCAAGAUGACCUUGGCAGAAAAGGUAAACCUCACAACAGGAACGGGCUUUUUAAUGGGCCCUUGCGUGGGCCAGACUGGAAGCGCUCCUCGAUUCGGAAUCCCAAGGCUAUGUCUGCAGGAUGGCCCCUUGGGACUAAGAAACACCGAUCAUAAUACAGCGUUUCCUGCUGGUAUAUCUGUUGGAGCUACCUUCGAUAAAAAACUGAUGUAUGACCGCGGACGAGCCAUGGGAGAGGAGUUUCGCGGGAAGGGGGUGAAUAUCCAUCUGGGACCCUCUGUUGGACCUCUCGGCCGGAAACCACGGGCUGGACGAAAUUGGGAGGGUUUUGGCUCAGAUCCGUCACUACAAGCCGUUGGUGCUGCCGAAACUAUCAAAGGCGUUCAGAGCACAGGCGUUAUUGCCACUGUCAAACAUUUAGUGGGGAAUGAGCAGGAAAUGUACCGGAUGACCAAUGUCGUUCAACGAGCGUACUCUGCAAACAUCGAUGACCGGACUUUACAUGAGCUUUACUUGUGGCCAUUUGCGGAAGCCGUUAAGGCUGGAGUUGGGGCCGUAAUGAUGGCUUAUAAUGAUGUCAACGGAUCGGCGAGCUCUCAAAAUAGCAAGUUAAUAAGCGGCAUCCUAAAGGAUGAACUUGGAUUCCAAGGUUUCGUGAUGACCGACUGGUAUGCUCAUCUCAGUGGUGUUGCCUCUGCCUUGGCUGGUUUGGAUAUGAGCAUGCCUGGAGAUGGUAGUAUUCCUUUGACCGGUAGCACUUAUUGGGGAGGAGAACUUUCUAGCUCCAUUCUGAAUGGGUCCCUGCCCUUGGAGCGGUUGAAUGAUAUGGUCACAAGGAUUGUUGCGCCAUGGUUUAAAUUUGGGCAGGACAAGGAUUUUCCGUUGCCAAAUUUCUCCGCUUAUACGCAAAAUGCUGAAGGGUUGCUGUACCCAGGAGCGUUAUUUUCACCUCGAGGCAUCGUGAACCGUUUCGUCAACGUGCAGGGCGACCAUCACAAACUUGCCCGAGUAAUAGCCCGCGAGUCGAUUACAUUGUUGAAGAACGAUGAUGAUUUGCUGCCAUUGGGCCGUAAUUGGACUCUGAAAGUGUUUGGCACGGACGCUGGCACCAAUCCCAAGGGUAUCAAUUCCUGUACCGACAAAGGAUGCAAUAAAGGAGUCUUAACAAUGGGCUGGGGCAGCGGAAGCGCCAAUCUGCCUUACUUGGUUACUCCUGAAGAUGCCAUUAGGAAUAUAUCUAAAAACGCCGAAUUCCAUAUCACGGAUAGGUUUCCAAGAAAUGUCGAAGCUGGACCGGACGAUGUUGCCAUUGUCUUUGUUAACGCUGAUUCGGGUGAAAACUACAUCUCUGUCGAAGGGAACCCUGGAGAUAGAACGAAGGCAGAACUCAAACUUUGGCAUGAUGGGGAUGAACUAAUUGAGGCGGCAGCGAAUAAAUUCUCAAAUGUCGUGGUUGUUGUUCAUACCGUCGGUCCAAUUACCAUGGAAAGGUGGAUUAAUCUCCCUUCAGUCAAGAGUGUGCUCUUUGCCCAUUUGCCGGGACAGGAGGCGGGAAACUCGGUUACCGAUAUACUGUUUGGGGAUUUCAGUCCGUGUGGACACCUUCCAUACACGAUCCCUAAAGCAGAAUCCGAUUACCCAGACAGCGUGUCGCUUAUCAACCAACCCUUUGGACAAAUCCAAGAUACAUUUUCUGAGGGCCUAUUUGUUGACUAUCGUCACUUUCAAAAAGCCAACAUUACUCCUCGAUACCACUUCGGUUAUGGCCUUUCUUAUACCACGUUCAACUUCACUGAGCCAGCUAUGAACACCGUAACUCCUCUUAGUGAGUACCCUCCUACUCGCAAACCCAAGGGCAAGGCUCCAUCAUAUCCCAACGAUAUCCCGCCAGGCUCAGAGGUAGCCUGGCCCAAAAACUUCAACAGAAUCUGGCGGUAUAUCUACCCUUACCUCGACGAUCCAUCUGCCAUUAAGCCGAAGCCAGGAUAUCCUUAUCCAGACGGCUAUUCAACCGAGCCCAAACCAGAUCCACGCGCUGGCGGAGCAGAGGGCGGGAAUCCGGCACUGUGGGACGUUGCCUUUACUGUUUCCAUCAAGGUCACCAAUACUGGAAAGAAGGCUGGCCGUGCAGUCGCCCAGCUCUACGUGGAGCUUCCCACGGAUAGCGCAUAUCCCACUCCGAAACUGCAGUUACGGCAGUUUGAGAAGACUGCGACAUUGGAGCCUGGACAGAGUGAGGUGCUAAAAAUGGAGAUCACGAGGAAAGAUGUGAGUAUUUGGGACACAGUGAAGCAGGACUGGAAAGCUCCCGGCGCAGGCAAGGGGUUGAAGUUCUGGGUGGGAGAGAGCGUGGGUGAUUUGAAAGCGGUCUGCGAGGCAGGGGAAAGUUGCAAACUUUCAGGGUAA